CAAGCUGAGAAAAAAAAAAAAUUAAUUUCAGGACCCGAAAUUUCAGGUAAAGUUGAGCUGCUGGUACCAGCGACGGCCGCAACGGAUUGGUGGUGAAAAAUUAAUUUCUCUUUUUCUUUUUCCAAAAAGAAACAAAAAAAAUUCCAAAUGCAACAAAAAUCAAUAAUGAUUUUCCAUGAAAACCACCUCCGUUCCUCCUACUGCUUCUGCUAUUUUCCGCCCCCUAUUCUCACUCCAUAAAAAUAAAUACAAGAGGACAAAUAAAAACCAAAAAAAAAUCUAAUCUUGAAGGAGAGAAAGAGCAAACGUCAGAUAGAUGGAUCUAGUCUGCGUGACGAGAGAUCGUUAAUUUCAUCCUCAAUUCCUCUCUUCUCCCUCUUCUUUUUUCGUUCCUGGAUAUUCCUGGAGUGGGACCCUCACUAAAUCUUUUUUCUGAUGGAGGAUGUAAAAGUUGCUGAAGUUAUGCCUCCUCCAGAUUCAUCUUCAUCCUCCCAAGAUAACAAUCAUUCUCAAAAGGAAGGCUCAAUAAGCACAGUUACUAAUGGAAAGGUAGAAUCUGACAGUAAGUUAUCAGGAAAGGAACAUUCUAAUUUCACAUCUGUCCAUGAUGCCUUUGAUAAACUCAUAAUGGUCCAAGAUCAGCCUCCCCUAGCAGAAAAUUUAGGUCAAAUUCAACUUCUUCCAACAGACAUGGUGUCAACUUCAACAUCUGGUAUAGUAGAGACAGACCAUCCACAUGUAGUUGAGGAAGGUUCAAAAACUGCAAGAGAAGAUUUCUCUAAUGGACAAGAAUUUCAAGAUAAAAUUGGAACUAUUGAAAAAUCCUCAAAUGGACAACAUUACCGCCAGAAAACUGAGGCUGUUCAAGGUUCUGCUGAUGGACUGCAAUUGCAAGAAAAAAUUGAACCCCUGCAAAAUUCCUCUGACGUGCAGCAAUUUCAAAAUACUUCUUUUGCUAAAAGUCCCUGCAUUCAUAUUGAUGACAUUAUACCUAUUGCCUCCACUGCUAAGGUGAGCUUGCAAUCCGAUGAGCUUGAUCUGCCCCAAGUAAAGGUGAGAGUGCAAACAAAUGAAACUACCUCUGCCUCACCAGAUGCAAAUACUGCUGGUCAUGUUGUCCGAACACCAUUAUCUCUCAAAACACUUGGAGAUGUUAAUCAGGGUGACAUAAGCAGAGGUCUUAUUGAUACAACAGCACCUUUUGAAUCUGUUAAAGAAGCUGUUUCCAAGUUUGGAGGAAUUGUAGAUUGGAAGGCCCACAAAAUCCGAACUGUAGAGAGACGCAAGCUUGUGGAACAGGAGCUAGAGAAGGUACAGGAGGAAAUGCCCCAGUACAGGAAACAGUCAGAGGAUGCUGAACUGGAAAAAAUACAAGUUCUUAAGGAGCUGGACAGCACUAAAAGACUUAUUGAAGAGCUAAAGCUCAGUCUAGAGAGGGCACAGACGGAAGAGCAUCAGGCAAAACAAGAUUCUGAGCUUGCCAAGCUGAGGGUAGAAGAACUGGAACAAGGGAUUGCUGAUGAGGCUAGUGUUGCAGCAAAGGCUCAGCUUGAGGUUGCUAAAGCCAGGCAUGCAGCUGCAAUUUCAGAACUGAAAUCUGUUAAUGAUGAAUUGGAAACACUGAAAAAGGAAUAUGCUUCUUUGGUCGCUGAGAAAUAUGAAGCUGUUAAGAAAGCUGAAGAGGCUAUUUCUGCAUCCAAGGAAAUUGAGAAGACGGUAGAGGAACUUACUAUUGAGCUGAUUGCUACAAAGGAAUCCUUAGAGUCUGCACAUGCUGCCCAUCUGGAGGCAGAGGAACAAAGAAUAGGAGCAGCUAUGGCCAGGGAGCAAGAUUCUCUGUAUUGGGAAAAGGAAUUGAAGCAGGCAGAAGAGGAGCUCCAGAAACUUAACCAACAAAUUCUUUCAGCAAAAGAUCUCAAAUCAAAAUUGGCAACUGCUUCAGCUUUGUUACUUGAUCUAAAAGCAGAAUUAGCAGCUUAUAUGGAAUCUAAGUUACAGGAGGAAACUGGUCAAGGAAGCACAAUAGCUGAGCAGGAGGAACCACAAAAGAGAACUCACACUGACAUACAAGCAGCUGUGGCUUCAGCAAAGAAAGAACUUGAAGAAGUGAAGCUUAACAUAGACAAAGCAACUGAUGAAGUGAAUUGCUUGAAGGUGGCUGCCACAUCGCUGCAAUCAGAUCUUGAAAAAGAAAAAUCUUCUCUUGCUACAAUGAGGCAGAGAGAAGGAAUGGCAUCAAUAGCAGUUGCUUCUCUUGAAGCUGAGCUGGAUAAUACUAGGUCAGAGAUAGCUCUAGUUCAGAUGAAGGAGAAAGAAGCAAAAGAAAAGAUGGCAGAGUUGCCUAAGCAACUGCAGCAAGCAGCAAAAGCAGCUGAUGAGGCCAAGCAGCUGGCUCAAAUAGCUCGUGAAGAGCUGCGCAAGGCAAAGGAAGAAGCAGAACAAGCAAAGGCUGGAGCAAGUACAAUGGAGAGCAGGCUACUUGCAGCUCAAAAAGAGAUGGAGGCUGCCAAGGCUUCUGAAAAAUUGGCUUUAGCAGCUAUUAAAGCAUUGCAAGAGAGUGAAUCAGCUCAAAGCACCAAGGAUGUAGAUUCACCUGCUGGUAUAACACUUUCUUUAGAGGAGUACUAUGAGUUGAGUAAACGAGCUUGUGAGGCGGAGGAGCAGGCCAACACAAGGGUGGCAGCUGCAAUUUCUCAAAUAGAGGUAGCUAAGGAAUCUGAGUUGAAGACUGCAGAGAAGUUGGAAGAAGUGAAUAAAGAGAUGGCUGCAAGAAAGGAAGCAUUAAAAAUUGCAAUGGACAAGGCUGAGAAAGCCAAGGAAGGGAAACUGAAUGUAGAACAAGAGUUGAGGAGGUGGAGGGCAGAACACGAGCAAAGACGAAAGACUGGUGAACCUGGUCAAGGAGUUGCGGCCACUGUUAAAAGCACAAAUGGAAGCUUUGAAGACAGGAAGGAAUCUAAGAACUUUGACAAGGUACCAGAUGCCUCAGUCGAGUAUGAGUCCAGUCCAAAAGCACAUGCGCAUGUAACUAGCACUGAACCUGAAUUGUCCCCGGAAGUAAAGGUUCAAAAGAAGAAAAAGAAGUCAUUUUUCCCGCGGUUUUUAAUGUUUUUAACAAGGAAAAGGUCACACACAUCCAAGGCAGGGUAAAAAUUCUGUGAACCCAGAACAGAAGCAUUGCCUCAGUUGUGAUUUUUCCUUUCUUUGCUGGGCAUUUACCACGACAUUUACUAUAAAAUUAUGGAUAUGAUCAUACAGAGGUUUUUUCCUCGAAUGUAAAUGUAGGUUAUUAAUUUGUGUAUGAUAAGUUAGUUGCAUUAUAUAUAUUUUUUUCCCUCUCAGAUGAGAAAUGGGUAGGUUAUUUGAUAUUCUAGUGUUUGGCUGGGGAAGGACAUAAUAAGUUGUUUCUGUAAUGUAUAGAUUUGCAGCAUUUGCACAUGGAAACCUUGUAAAGGUGUGAGCUAAAUUGAAAUUAGUUUUUCAUUUAUAA